AUGCAAUGCCUAAAUCAACUACUUUCAACCAACUACCAGCAUUUUGGACUUGCACCGCCUAAUACUUGGCAAUACUACUCUAGUACUCUAAAAUCGAGUACUGCUCGCCGAAGAAUCAAGAUCAGUAACUCCUGCGAUCCUAGCUCCGGUCAUUGCCAGCUCAUCGAUAACGACAAACUCGGAGGGAGGUGGAUGGACUUUCAAGGAAUCAAGAAUUGGGACGGUUUGCUUGAUCCUCUAGACAAUGAUCUUCGCGAGGAAAUCCUAAGGUACGGAGAGUUUGUCGAAGCAGCGUAUAGCUGCUUCGACUUUGACACGUCAUCAUCCACGUAUGCAACAUGUCGGUAUCCCAAGGAUACGAUGCUGACACAGUGCGGACUGGGCCAGAGUGGGUACAAGGUAAUAAAAAACUUGCAUGCCACGUGUGCUGUUCAAAUGCCACGGUGGAUUGAUAGAUUCCCCAAGAUGGUGUCGCCGCGAUCCAGCUGGAUUGGUUAUGUGGCAGUAUGUGAUGAUGUGGACGAGAUUGCUCGGCUAGGUCGCCGAGACGUUGUGAUUGCUUAUAGAGGUACUGCCACUUGUUCAGAAUGGCUUGAAAAUCUACGUGCCACGCUGACUUGCUUGCCCGAUGACAUGGCACCUGAAAACAGUGAACCUAUGGUACAGAGUGGAUUUUUGAGCAUGUACACGUCGAAAAUUGAAGGUAAUAGAAGUUUACAAGAUACAAUAUUACAAGAAAUUGCCAGCAUUCUUAGUAAUUAUAGUGAUGAGACUCUGAGUAUAACACUUACAGGACAUAGCCUUGGAGCAGCCUUAGCUACACUUACAGCAUAUGAUAUAACAACAAAAUUUAAUCACUUGCCAAUGGUAACAGUGUUAUCAUUUGGAGGGCCUAGAGUUGGAAACAAGAGCUUUAGGUACCAGCUGGACAAAAAUGGUACGAAGGUACUCCGAAUUGUCAACUCUGAUGAUCCCAUAACAAAAGUUCCGGGAUUCGUGAUCGACGAUGAUGACAUGGCAAGCGAUGCCACGCUGACGAGAUUGCCAAGCUGGCUUGAAAAGUGCAUGGAAGAUACUCAGUGGGUGUAUGCUGAGGUGGGAAAGGAGCUUAAGUUGAGUAGCAAAGAUUCUCCACAUCACAUUAGCAAAGGAAAUGUGGCAACGUGUCACGAUUUGAAGACAUAUUUGCAUUUGGUGAACAAUUUUGUUAGCUCAUCGUGUCCCUUCAGGGCCACAGCUAAGAAAGUAGUAAAGAGAGAAUCACGUGAAAGAAAAGCAGCUCUUGGGAUUAUUGAAUGUGCCUUAUGCAAGGCUGCUGAUGAGGACGUGGACCAUCUCUUCUUCAAAUGCCCUUAUUCUAAGAAUUUGUGGACUAAGUUACUAGGCUGGCAAGGAGUGCAUCGACAGGCCCUAGGCUGGAAUGCAGAGCUAGCAUGGGCGGGUAAGUUUGUGACUGGGAAAAAUGCUAGAACUAUGGUGUACAGAAUGGUGUUGGCAAGCUGUGUCUACUUCAUAUGGCAGGAAAGAAAUAAUAGGAUAUUCCAGGACAGCGCUAGGCCUCAUGAAGUAUUAUGCAAGAUGAUAGUGCAGGAAAUACAUUUUCGGAGUGCCAGAUUCUCAAAACUGGCUGGUUGGGGUAUGUCCAACCUUUCUGGGGGUUCAAUUUGCUUGUACACAAAUCCCUUGGCGUUUAACUGA